CUCCUCCUAUCUCGUCAAUCAACCAACACUCUCGAUUCUAUUUUCUCCUAUUGUCUGCCUUCCGCCGCCGCAGCCGCCGCCCCUGUGUUGGAGCCGGCGCUGGGGUCCUCUGUGUAUCUCCGUCAGAGAGAUCUGGUCCACCAAUUCUGCGUAGAGAAUCACCAUGGAUGCUCGUCGCCGAAUCUGCAGCAUCAACAACGCGACCACCCAGUUGGAAUUUCCGUCGGAUAUGGGGGUUUUCCGGGGGCGGUGAAGAAGAAGCUGUACAGGGGAGUGAGGCAGAGGCAUUGGGGGAAAUGGGUUGCGGAGAUUAGGUUGCCGCAGAACAGAAUGAGGGUUUGGUUGGGGACCUAUGACACGGCGGAGGCUGCCGCUUAUGCCUAUGAUAGGGCGGCGUACAAGCUGAGAGGCGAAUAUGCGAGGCUGAAUUUUCCCAAUUUGAAGGAUUUUAGGAAUUUGGGGUUUGCUGAUUGUAGCCGAUUGAAUGCUCUGAAACACUCUGUGGAUGCCAAAAUUCAAGCCAUUUGUUUGAAGAUGAAGAGGGAAAGGGGUAAA